AUGGAAUUAGAAACAAAGCGAAAAGACCUGCAGCUAUCAUCGCGCAAGACACCCAAGUCAUUUAAGGUUGAGAUUCCCCAAGGAUCCUCAAAUAAAUUAUUAGAUGAAAAGAGCAAAAAGCAAGAUAUAGAAGAAAGAAAUGCAAGAAGAGAGUAUAUUUUCAAAAUCCUACUGGGAGGCAUGGCUGUUGUUAUAAGCAUCUCCAUAUAUCUUUUACUCACCACAGUGUACACUACAGUGUUUCCCACCAAGGCAGCAGCUGCUUGCUGUGCACUUUCAUUUUUAGCAAGUAUUUUUUGGUCUAUCCAUAUUCUUCCUCUUGAAAUAACCUCAGUACUGCUUAUUCCAGUGGUUAUUUUAUCAAAUAUAAUGGUCCCGGAACAGGCAGGAAUGAGUGGCUGGGUGGCUGGAUGCAUAAAUAUCAUGCAGAUACUUGCAUCGCCUGUUGUGCUGCUUCUAAUGGGCAGUUGUCUUCUAUCCGUGUAUUUCCAGUGCAAUGGCGGGGAGCAACUUGUGCUGCCGUACCUAAUUGAUGGAAGCAACAUAUACUCCAGUCUAUUUCGUAGUAUGCUUUUGUCUGUUGUUCUUUCUUCUAUGAUGUCAAAUAUCACUGCCCCUAUUAUCAUUAUGUCAAUUCUCCAGAAUCGCUCAAAGCCACCCACUCCUGGAAUUAUCAUGGGAGUAGCAAUGGGCUCAAACAUUGGGGGAAUGCUUCUCCCGAUAAGCAGCCCGCAGUCAAUCCUUGGGUCAACCAUCAUGGGCGUAUCCUGGAGCAAGUGGGUGUGGAUAUCUAUACCUACUGCUUCAGUGUGCUUUGUGUUUGUGUACUCAUUAAUACUUGCAUAUUUCCCAAAGCCGCAGCAAGAAAAAGAGAGCACACUGGUUGUAGGUGAGCCAGAGAAUUCUUUUAUGCUGAUGUUUGUCACGGCCCUUUGCAUUGUCUGCUGGGCACUUCCAUCUUUAUAUUCAGGACUUAAGUGGAUAUAUGCACUGCCUGUGUGCGGGCUGCUGCUUACUAAAAGUGCUAAAACUGCGUUCAACCGAAAAACACUCGAAAUUAUUGCAAUAGCUGUAGCAGGCACUGCAAUUGGCCAGGGAAUAAAAAGUACAAAAAUGAUAGAAGGGAUGAUCUCUGGGCUUAUUAUAAGCAGCAAAGAAUAUAGCUUUCUCUCCCUGCUUGUGGUCUCCUCUUUUGUUAUGCUUACACUCUCAUGCAUAGUGUGUCAUACGGUAAGUGCCAUAGUUCUUCUGCCUAUUUUUGAAAAAAUAGGGAUGCUUGUUGGCCGGCACAAGCUCAUUGUGGGAAUAUCCACACUGGCAUGUUCAUGCGGAAUGGCAUUCCCAGCAAGUGGGUUUCCUAAUAUCCUGGCUAGUUCUUUUAAGCUGCCAAAUGGUAAGAGACUCGUUGGCACAAAAGACUUUAUUUUAAUUGGGACAGUCUCUACACUUGCCUGCUGGGUGUUUAUCUUAACGGUUUCUUUGCUGUUUAUGACAAUGGCAAACUUUUAA